AUUUGUUAACGAAGAAUCGUGCCAAUCAGAUCAGCAUUUAAAAAAAUGGAAUUCAGAUUACAAGUUAUUAUCCUAUCUUUCACUCUUGUAGUAUCGCUAGUAUUAGGUUAUCCGGGCAAUUCAAAAAGCCAAGAUGAGGAUGAAAGAAAGGGUUUUCAACGACGCAUGAUUCAAGAACAAAGACGUUUCUUGAAUGGUAAAUUUGCAGAAGUGUUGGAUACCAUUGAUUCUACAUUAGGUAGCAAGCUAGAACACAUCACAGAUGUUGUCGAGUCCAUAGAGAGGAGGCAAAAGCUGAAAGAGUUUUGCACAGAUGGAAUAUGCGGUGAUAAUGGGACAUGCUCACUGUCGGAGGAUGAAGAAACUUAUGAAUGUCAUUGUGAUGACACACAUGCUGGGGAACACUGUGAGAUUACGGGAAUAUGUAAUGUUGACUUGUUCCACGCCCAGCAGGAGCCGUUGAUGCUUGGCAGAGAGUUCCCGAGGUGUGAUGAAGAUGGAAGCUUCGCUGGCAUGCAGUACCAAGGAUCAAUGGCAUAUUGUGUAACAUCUGAUAGAAUAGAACUUAACUAUAGUGUUCAAAGAUGGGAAACUGGUGACAAUAUGAAUUGUCAAUGUGCCCGUGAUGAGCAUGCUAAUACAGAAGAGGGAAAGGUCUUCAAAUGUCAACCUAAUGGAAACUACCCUGCUGUUGCCUGUGGCGACGAGAAAUGUUGGUGCCAAGACUCGAUGGGUCAAAAGUAUGGGGACGCCAUAGAUUUAGGGGACCUUGACAGCCCCCUGGAAUGCUCAUAAUCAAAACCUUUAUGAAUGAAUAACCUCCGAAUUCAACUGUUUUACUAUAAAAUUCAUCAAUAUUCGAAAUUGUACACUAGUAUAUGAUGGUUUUCUUUAAUGAUGGUCAUAUUUUCUAAUUACUUUGUUCCUGUAUUGAAAUAAUUAUCAAUUUUGUAACCUUUUAAAGCUAUUUGUGAAUUUAAACUAAAUAAUCUGUUCAACAUUGUUAUUUUAGCGAAUACAUUGUUAUGAAGAUCUUAUAUUAUAUGUUUUCAACCUUGCUUUAUAGUUUUAGUUGUACCA